AUGUUCUGCCUCCGAAGCUGGCUGCCGCUCCUCUUCAUCCCGACAAACGCCUCGCCCGCCUUCAUCCUCCUCUUCUUCAUCUGCACCUACUUCCUCAACCGCCCCUGCGUCUACUGCUCCGUCCUGCUCCUCAUCCUCUUCCUCACCUCGUGCAACUGGUCCGACCGCUGCUUCUUCGACCUCAGCAGCAACUGGUUCCUCCCCCGGCCGUCCUCCCUCACGCUCCCCGACGACCAAGACUCGCACGCAAUCGCCCUCGCCUUCAACGACACCCUCGUCGACAUGGUCAAUUCCACCGCCAAAGCCGCUGCCCGCGCUGCCGCGGAAGAGAUUGCCGUGCUGCGCAACGAGUGGACCGGCUUGGGCGUCGAGUGGCUGCGUAAUUUGCUGGGCAAGCGGGAGUGGAGGAUCGACUGCAUGGACAUUUACAUCAGGUUGUAA